GAGGAAACCCUAUCCCCAAAGAAAAAAGAAUAAUGAAAGAAAAUAAAAAAUCAAAUUAGAUACUCGUCUCUGCGAGAUUGGAACACCAUCGGUGAAAUACUCUUGUCAGAAUCUAAUUCCCAAUUCUCGCUUCUUGUUGGUUUUUGAGAAAUCGCUGCUACUACAGUCUACAGCAACGCAACAGGUGAGUCUUCGCGGGAUAAUAUUUUUGCAAAACAUGUCUGAGGAACGAGAAGUGCAUCCCGAUUGCCGAAAUGCCAGUAAUCCUUUUCAUGAAUGUAGUGAUUACUGCUUUAGGGUAAUAGCUGAAGCCAAAAUUAGGAUGCAACAAGAGGAAUCAGAAGCUGCCCAAGCUAGUGGUGGAAGUAGCAGUAAGCUAGCCAUCCCAGAUCAAUCAUAUCCUGAUGAGGAAAUACAUGAUGAAAGGCCCAAUAUUAAAGAAGAUUCUGAUAGUGAUCCUGACCAGCCUGCUGCAGAGCAAAUGGAUGGGGACUACACAAACCUCUCUGGGAGACAGAAAAAGUGGAUGGAGUUGAGAGCCAAGAUGCAAGAAGCAAAAAAACGUAAUCAAAUUGAAAUAGCUGCUGAGAAAAAGAGGAUGGAAGCUCCAACAGAGUCUAGGGGUGUUUCUAAACAGAAGUGGCUUGAGGAUAGGAAGAAAAAGAUUGGUAAACUUCUUGAUGCAAAUGGGUUGGAUCUGACAAAGGCAUAUAUGCUUGACACACAAGAUGCAGCAGAAGAGAAAUACAAGAAAUGGGAGAAGGAUCCUGCUCCAUCCGGCUGGGAUGUUUUUAAUCAGAAGACGUUAUAUAAUGCAUACAAAAAGCGGACCAAGAAAGUAGAUAUCGAUGUAGAAGAAUACAACAGAAUGAAAGAAGCUGAUCCAGAGUUCUACCGUGAAGCUUCAAGUCUCCAGUAUGGAAAGGCACCAAAAAUCUCAGAGGAUAAGAUUGAUAGGAUGGUACAGGAGCUAAAGGAUAGGGAUGAGAAGCGCAAGUCAUUUAGCAGGAGAAGACGAUUUCAUGAAGAGAAAGAUAUUGACUCGAUCAAUGACCGUAAUGAGCAUUUCAACAAGAAGAUUGAGCGAGCCUUUGGUAAAUACACACUGGAGAUUAAAAAUAAUCUCGAGCGAGGAACUGCAUUGCCUGACUGAGGUACCUGCUUAUGUAGUGAUGUGUUAUUGUUGUCAUAUUGCUCUCAUACUGAUAAGUUUAAAGGGUGGAUUGCAUUUUUUGAGUGCUUGUGGAUCAUGUAUUACUAUAGAUUAAUAUUUUGCAAUGCACAUAUGGAACGUUGUGGAGUCAUUUUGAACUUC